AUGCACAGGGGAUCUCGACAGUGUUUCGGUUUUGAUUGUUCGCUUUAUUUUCAGCUGGCCCCUGUUGGAAGACCUUAUCUGGGAUCCGAGAUGACCUUGGAGUCCUUUCGCUGGGAUCAGAGGUUGUUCACAUGUGUGAUAAAUCUCACUCCUCCAAUUAUCCUUCCAAAUGGUGGACAACCUAUCGAACCAUUGUGCGCAUCUACUGGCGGUAGGAGCUACAUAAGUUUUUCCUUUUUUUUCAUCUCAUGUUCGUCUGCCCCAAGACUAACAUACGUGUCACACUUUCCGAUUUCGCCAGAUUGUAUGAAUAGGUUACCUGUUUGUACAAUGAGUUUUUCUUUUUUAUUGAUGAGCUCACCAUUAAACAUCACUUUAGACGAGCUUCAUCAGUUACCAAUUGCCCAAAUGGGCAAUUACGAGGAGUAUAUCAAAGGACUUGCUGCUGUUGGGCGUGGUCCUUUGCGGCCUGUAGAGCCAACUCCCGUCCGAACACAUGCAUUCGGAAAUCCAUUCAAGACAGAUAAGAAGAGUCUUGCUAUUGACGAGCUCUCAUCUUCCACCUCGGUUAAGGUCGGUGAAGGACCAGUUGGUGCAAAUGCAGCUGUGCCAACAACGAAGGAGUCAAGAAGGGAGCGUGUAAAGGGAGAUGGAAUAGGACGACCCCCAAAGAGGAAGCCUGGCCCCGUGGCACCCAACUGCUUACAGCAGUGGAGGUUUGCUCCAUUGCAGUAUUUUACUUUCCUAUUGUCAAUUUUUGAAUAUGUUACCUUCAUGAAUUGGUUCCGGCUCACUGUUUAUCACAUCAGGGAGCGACGGCAAACGCUUAGCGAAAGAUCAUCGGUGGUGUCCGACUUGUCGUAUACGUCAGAUCUAGACCUGGAAAUCCCGAGUACAAGCAGCGAUGCACUGGAUGACAUGGAAGUAAACGAGGUCACCAAUGGAAUAGAUUCUACAACAUUGGUUCGCUUUUCUAAAACUGGUGUUGAAACUUUGGGUUUCUGCGAGCAACCUAGAAGUAUAGCCGUGUGCCUUAUUCCAGAUAGAGCUAGCGGGACUGGAACCAGAAGCAGAGAGUGGAGAAGAGGAAGAAGAAGAGGGACUGGUUGCGUCUCCACCCAAGCGGCGAAAAACCGAGCGAUUAUCGGAGGAGCAAAUGUUUGA